AUGGGGUUCAAAUUCUCCUUCCUCUGUGACUUGCUAUCAAGUCUAGAGGAGAACCGGAUCACGAAGACCGCGUCUAAGCCCGAUCAACCUAACCUUCAGACAAUCCGACAGUGGUUUGCACGACAUGACCGUCACAUCAACCACGAGGACACCAACAGGCUAGCUUUGCUCUCAUGCAUGUUCCCAGAAAAACGCACUGACCGUGUAUUCUGGCUCCAGGCCACGUCCUUAGCAAGAGUCAUCGGCCGGUGCUUAGGUCUAGGCUCGUCACGACUAUCAGAGUUAGACCAAUGGCGGGAAUCGGGUGGUCCUGAUCUGGGGAAAUGUGUCGAAAAUGUGAUGCGACAAGCGGAGAACUAUGUCUCUGGCGGCCGAGAAGUGACUACGGAAGAGAUUGAUCAUGCCUUGGGGAUGAUUGCAUCCCGUUGUCGUUUCUCGCGACCCCAGGUCCGCCGCACGCAGACUGCCGUUGACGUUGAAAGCUCUCUUUCUCCCCUUUACCGUCGCCUGAGCAGCCGUGAUGCAAAAUGGCUCACUCGAAUGAUCCUCAAAAGUUACGCCCCUGUAGUACUCCCUCUGAAGCACACUUUGGAGCGUUUUCAUUUUCUACUUCCACAUCUUCUCCAAUUCCAAGACACGUUCGAAGGAGCGUUGGAAAUGCUCGACUCAGAACCGUUUGCUCACUUUCCACCGCGUCCGGAAUCAGAACUUGCUGCCAGUCUGUGUGCGACUGCUUUGGGAUAUCUGCGGCCACGUACGGGGAUCAAGAUCGGUCGACCAGAAUACUUUAAGGCUCGCAGUAUCAAGCAUUGUCAUCAGAUGGCCAAUGGCCGCCGAAUUAGUGUCGAAAGAAAGUACGACGGGGAAUACUGUCAGAUACACGUCGAUCUCACACAUAAGCGAACACCGGUGCAAAUAUUCUCCAAGAGUGGCAAAGACUCAACCGAGGAUCGUUCCGGCAUUAUUCCUGUGAUUGAAGACUCACUCCGAAUCGGAUCGAGCAAAUGCAGAUUCAUCCAUCGAUGUAUUCUCGAGGGCGAGCUAGUGGUAUGGAGUGAUAAGCGCGAGGGUAUUGCAGGCUUUCACAAACUUCGAAAGUUCCUUUCUCGCUCCGGGACUUUGAUUGGAGUUGACAGUGAUUCCCCGUCCGUGAAACCUCCCUACUACAUGUACGGACCAUCACUAAUGAGAAUAAUUAGCCCCCAGCCUUACGAGCAUCUGAUGAUUGUUUUCUUCGACAUACUUCUCCUAGACGACGACGUCUGUUUACGAAAUCCCCAUCGUCAGAGACGACUGCUACUUCAAGAUGUAGUCCAAAGAAUUCACGGUCGAGCGGAUCUUGCAGAGCAGGAAAUACUCGAUUUCGGUCGUCCGGGUAGCCAAGAACGAAUUGGAGUCAGUUUUGCUAAAGCUAUUGCCCAACGUUGGGAGGGAUACGUCUUGAAGGCCUGCGACGAACCAUACUUCCCCAUCUACUCGGCUGGCACUAGUCCUUCAUUUGGAAGAUGGAUCAAGCUCAAGAAAGACUAUGUCCAAGGCCUUGGAGACACUGUAGACCUCGCAUUGAUUGGAGCCUAUUAUGAUUAUCGAGAUGCGGCCGCUCUGCCGGCACUCGAAAAUCUCAAGUGGACACAUUUCUUGGUUGGGUGUCUUCUGAACAAGGAUGCGGUUCUAGAAUUCGGGGAAACUCCUCGUUUCCGAGUUGUCGACGCACUCAAUCAUCACUGCAUGCACAAAAAUUUGCUUCGAAUCCUGAACCAUGUUGGCCAAUUUUCUGCUCGCGAGCCGGAAUAUUUCGAGACUUUCUCUGUCGAAUACGGGCGCAAGGACCUCUCCGAGGCUGCUGUUUUCUUCAAAAAGCCUUUUGUUGUGGAAUUGAUGGGUAGCGGUUUUGAAAAGCCUUCUGGUGCCAGAUACUUCGCACUUCGUUUCCCACGCAUUCUAAAAAUCUACACGGAUCGGACAUUUGACGAUGCCGCGUCUUUUCAAGAAUUACAACUUCUGGCCGAUGAUGCCCGCUCUAUACCGACUGAUGAACUGUCUACAGAGACAGAACAAUGGCGCAAGCGGCUGAAAAUGGAGAAACUGACCAGCCACUACAUCAUUCGAAGAUCACAAAGCCCAUCGUCGUCGACGUGCAGCUCAAUUUCUGAUUCUGAGGCGGAUUCUGCGUCAGGGGACCUCUCCACUGCGCCUAAUUGCAAGGAGGUUAUGCAAGUCUCGGCAUUGAAGACGGGUCAUGCACAGCCCCUGGCUUCUGUGAGCACCGGCGGUCAUGAUCAGACAUGUGAAGGACCGAAGGAGCUUCCAGCUGUAUACAUUGACGAGUCGGCUUCUUCACCAGCUUCAAAGAGCCUUUCUUGCGAUGGAAAUGUUUUGACUGAGAACGAGAAUUUAUCAUAUCGGCAGAACUCCAGUCAACGAAGACGUGACAAUAUUGAUGAGGCCCCGGGAAAGGAAACGAACUUUGCAAAUUAUGAAGCACAGGCCAAUUUCGAAUUUGAUAUCUCAUCGACUUCACAAAACAAUCGCCUCGUUCCAAAUGCACGUCGGUCGUGCAUCCAGUCCAGUAAUCACCCUCAGGCUGGCAAAGACACAAGAUCUAAUCAUCACAAUAUUUUACGAUCCCCUCUAAUGACAAUUCCAGUCUACAUGACCGGCAGAUCCUCAGAAACCGAUGCGGGGCUCAUGGAUUUCAUCCGGGCGCUGAAUUCCGACGAGUCAAGAGUUUCCCUUGCACAGUCAAAUCCCCGCGCUGUGGAAGAUGGGACAGCUUUCGGACUGGUCCUGUCUAUCCCCAGCAAAACAAUAAUUGGACAGGAUAUCCUGCGGGUAGGGCAUGCUCUCAAAGUGCUAUCUGAUUCAUUCCGCCAUGAAGUGCCUGAUGGCCUCACUACAUACAAAAUCUUCUUCUUAAAUGCUGCGAUCUUGGCACAUGUCCCUCAACCUGAGGACGAGAAAUUUUGCUUACAAGAAACUUGGUCUAGACUGGGCCCAUUAUUCUUCUACGCUUGCGCCUGCUGGGACCUAGGCAGGUACGAGGAAGAGUCAGCUGCGGGUAUUAUUGCAAAUGCAAAUCCUUGUGCGACAGUCAAUACUAGCAGUUUUAAACUGAAGACCUCCGGCGAUCUUCCCAGUGCUCUGUCGGUGACAUUUCUAAAGAGCGACAUUCUGGCUCUGGGGGAAUGCACAUCCGCCGAACGGGCGAUCGAGUAG